UGACGUCGAUUGGGAUGGAAAGACGCGCGUGUUCAUCACCAGUGGUGACAACGUAAGCCUCAAGUCACGUGAGACUUUUCGAGACCUGGGCGCCCGUUCCCAUUCUGCAGUGAACAUGCCGGAAACCAGAGAGGCUGUGGUGUGUAAACGACUAGAGGAAAAACAGAGCUCUAAUUUCUAGAAUUUUAUCCAACAUCGUACCAUCCGGCUAAAAAGUGAAUAGUAGGGAGGCAAAAUACGCCCUAUAGUUCACUGCAAAUCUCAUUACGAGGAACAGAGAGAGGUGUCAAGGAAGAUGGACUUUGUGUGGCAAUAUCGGAGGGCAGCACUGCUGUGCUUCAUGAUGUUGGCCUUGAGGAACGAGCCCGAUACAUCACCGGGAGGUGUCAGAACUGUAGGCGGGAAGAAGACGGAUGUGUGGCCGAGAAAACGCGUGGCACGAGUCGACGGAGACGUGAUCCUCGGGGCCCUGUUUCCCGUACACUCCCGCUCGGACGUACACACAUGCGGGCCCAUCAUAGAACAAGAGGGGAUCCAGCCGCUCGAAAUGUUACUCUUCACUCUUGACAAGAUCAAUCAGAACGCGACGUUUCUUCCCAACAUCACUAUAGGAGCUCGGAUCCUGGACAGUUGCGAUUCGGACGCGUAUGCCCUAGGACAGGCGGUAGAGUUCAUCAAAGGGGCCAUGACGGACACCGGUGACUCGGAGUACGUGUGUGUGGACGGGUCGUCCCCCGUGGUGAAGGAGCGGCACCCCAUCGUCGGUGUGAUCGGCGGAGCCUCGAGCGUCGUCUCCAUCCAAGUCGCCAACCUCCUCCGCCUCUUCAAGCUGCCACAGGUCAGCUACUGGUCCACUAGUCCAGACCUCAGUAACAAAGACCGGUUUGACUACUUCUUUCGCACGGUUGCCUCUGAUGUUUACCAAGCCAGAGCCAUGGUGGAGAUUCUCAAAGCCUUCAACUGGACCUACAUAUCGGCUGUUUACGAGGACUCUAACUAUGGCAUCAAGGGCAUCUCGGCUGUCGAGGAUCUGGCAAGGGCUUCUGGGAUAUGUAUCGCAGUCUCGCUCAUGGUCUCGCGAGAGGCUGGAGAUACGCGAGAGGAGGAGUUCAACAAGAUACUGCAGGAACUUCUGGAUAAACCGAAGGCAAAAGCCGUCAUUGUCUAUCUUGUGGAGAGAGAUGCCAAGAGCUUCUUUGCGGCUGUCAGCCGCUUCACGCUUUCAGGAAAGUUCAUCUGGAUCGGCAGCGACGGUUGGGGAGGUCGGCAGAUCCUCGUUGCAAAGCAAGAGUGGGCGGUAGAGGGCGCUAUAACCGUCCAGCCGAGAGCUCGGGUCAUCUCAAAAUUCGACGAAUACUUCACCAGUCUAAAACCUGACACAAACGUGCGGAAUCCUUGGUUCAAAGAGGCGUGGGAAUCCCAUUUCGAAUGCAGAAUACCCGGAACUGCUGACACGCCGUUCAACGACUUCGAGACGACGUGCUCAGACGACAUGGUGCUGGAUGAAACAUCCGGGUACCAACAGAACUCUCUGCUCCAAUUGGUCGCUGAGAGCGCCCUGGCGUUUGCGCAUGCGCUGAAGGACAUGCAUGCUGACUACUGCGGAGACGAGCCCGGACUGUGCAGCAACAUGACGACUAUAUCGGGAGAGAGUCUCAAGGACUACCUGCUCAACGUCUCCUUCGAAGGUCAUGACCGUCAGGAGUUCCACUUUCAGCCUAACGGUGACGGCCCUCCUCGCUACACCAUCAUGAACUUCCAGCGAGACAAAAACGACAGGUACUCCUGGAAACGUGUCGGCUACCUCGACGAGGAGAUAUUCAGGCUUCAGAUGAAGGAAAUCCAUUUCGGACGGGAGUCGGUUGGUUACCAAGGUUACCCUGUCUCCAUGUGCAGCGCGCCAUGCCCCCCUGGACACGAGAAGAAGAUCUCAGCACGUGACAGCUGUUGCUGGUCGUGUAACCCCUGCUCAGAGUUCCAAUAUCUAUCUAAAGAAGACUUCUGCACCGAAUGCCCACUUGGUCAAAAGCCGGACAAGGGAAAGACGACCUGUGUGUCCAUACCAGAAGACUAUCUCACCUACGGCAGCGCGUACGCCAUUGCCAUCAUAACGUUCGCCAUUUUCGGUAUCAUCUGCACCCUCCUGGUAGCCGCCAUUUUUAUGAAGUACGGAGAGACUCCUGUAGUGAAGGCUUCUGGAAGAGAACUUUGUUACGUGUUGCUGGUUGGGAUAUUCUGCUCUCACGCCAUCACGUUUGUCCUGGUGGCCAAACCGACCACGCUGACCUGCGGGAUGACCAAGGUGUCCGUCGGAGUGUGCUACGCCCUGUGUUACGCCGCCUUGCUGACUAAGACCAACAGAAUAUACCGCAUCUUCCACAACAAAGGAAAGAAGAAGCAGAAAUACAUCAGCCCGAACUCUCAGCUCUUCAUCACCUUCAUGUUUGUGCUUAUAGAGGUUGUUGUGGUUGUAGCGUGGCUGAUCGUUAGUCCGCCGGGCACCACGCACUUCUACCCCAGCCGGGAGCAAAACCAACUCGUCUGCACGGGCGCGAACGACGCCUCCUACACCAUAGGUCUCGCCUAUCCCUUCUUACUCAUGAUCCUCUGCACCGUGUACGCCAUCAAGACCAGGAACGUUCCGGGCGGAUUCAACGAAGCCAAGCUGAUCGGAUUCACCAUGUACACGACGUGCGUGAUUUGGCUGGCCUUCGUGCCGAUUUACUUCGUCAGCGCCAGUAAUGUAGCCAUCCGCGUGACGGCCCUGAGCGUGUCCAUCGGUCUGAGCGGUACGGUGACCCUGGUGUGUCUGUUCGCGCCCAGAGUCUACAUCAUCCUCUUCCACCCGGAGGAAAACACCAGACACGGCGUCAUGAGAAACACCUUCAGAUCCAAAAUAGAGAACGGAGCAUUUUCCGUGGCCGCGGACCCCCCGUCCACGUACCAGCCCUGCGGGACCAAACCGUCCGCUACCAUCAGCGAGAACAUCGACAUCCAGGUCGACAUCAUCAACAAAAAUAACCAACAGCUGAAACUCCCUGAUGCCAGCCCGGCCGCAGAAACACGAGCCUGACGACAUCCCAGGUUUGUCGUCAAGGCAUCCGCUCCUGAGGCAUCGCCAAGAAUUCUCAUCUCACUCGGCCAUUAAAAGGACAAUAAAAUUUUUCGUUGUGAGGUUAUCAUCUCUAGAUGGACUGAACUAUGACGAUUGUACGCUUUUUCCAAAACUAAAAAAAGAAUUGAAAGAGUUGGUAGGAUUGUUUCAUU